UCAGUAUCAGUUCUUUAUCAAGCUUCAACCUCAGUGGUUGUCCAAAAUGUUUAGCUCUACGAGAAUUAUUUUGUGCGCAUUUCUAUUGCUGUAUCCUUACGGAUCCCUGAUAGAAGCCCAGGAGGGCAGGCGCUAUGUGUGUCUAUUAUCAGAUCCUCCCAAUCAGUGCAGUGAAUAUUGCGUAUCCGCACUGCAGCCGGUCAUCGAUCACCUUUCGAAGGAGCAACAGGACUGGGGAGCCUGCGAGGUGAAACUUAAUGGAAGCGUCGCGAAACUGGAUAAGAUCGAAGACCAGUUGACGGCGACACAAAUCCAAAUAGAAGCCCAGCAAGCAUUCCUUGUGAACAACAUUUCGAAGGCAAUCAAAACCGAGGACCUUGAGCAAAAACUAAAGGAUAUCGAAGGCAAUCAGACAGCGCUGAGUAAUCAGUUGAAAGAUGGACAGAAGAGGACGGAAAACCAGUUGACAGCCAUCCAGAAGACUCUAUCCGAUAUCGAAAGGAAACUCGUGCUGCAGAGAUAUCAACAGAUAGGAUCGAGAUAUUUCUACAUCGAACACAACUUACAGGUGAACUGGAGGACCGCCGAGCAGAGGUGCAUUGAAAUGGGCGGCCACCUCGCAGCAUUCCAAAAUGCCGAGGAAUACAACGCCAUAGUGGGCCAAUUGAACAAGGCGAACUACUGGCUGGGUGUCAACGAUCUGGCCAAGCAGGGCGAGUUUAUAUCCUUGGCCUCCGGCAAACGAGCUACCUACUUCAAGUGGCGCAAAAAUGAACCCAAAUACAAUAAUCCUACCCAGCACUGCGCCUACGUUUUUGGGCACGAAAACAUUAUGAUCGUUCUGUCCUGUACCACUGACGUUAUGCAUUUCAUUUGCCAAUCAGACAGUGAUGUUUAGUUUUAAAGUAUCAACACAUGUAUGAAUGAAUAUUACAACAAAACCACAAAUACUAUAAUUCACUUUACUGCAUUUGAUGCAAAAAUUGAUGGGAACAUUUAAUAACGCUUUUAGCAAUAAUUUUUCUUUGUGAGAGGGUUUAAGGGCAAUUUUUUUUGACAACAAGUGAUUGCCACAGAUAGGAAAUUAUUUCGUUUCAAAUUGUCAAAAAAGUCGACAUGGCGCCGUAAAUAAAUUGGCUGAAAUGAGUAAUAGGCUUAAGAGAUUGCUGUUAUCGAAUUUAUUUUAUUUGUUUUUCUGGUUUUGGUUCCCCGCACGUCGUAAAUUAAGAUUGAUUCCUCGUUAAGAUUAUUAAAUUUAUCGUACUCGACAAGCACUCUUUAUAAGCAACAAAUGAAUAAAGAAAUUUUCGACUUUAAUCAC